AUGUAUCAUAAGUUCUCUGGGUUUUUGUCAAAUAUAAUUGUAAGCUUUUUAAUAUUUUUUAAAAUGUUAUUAUCAGUUUUACGUUUUGAAAUCUAUUUAGAGGUUCAAAAAGCCUAUAGCCGAAGAGAAUGAUGUGAUAAUCAAUGCGUCGUUAUUAUCUUGCCCAGUGUGUUACAAUGUCUAUUCUGAUGCUCCAUUAGUGCUUCCUUGUGGGCACACUUUCUGUACAGACUGUUUGAAGCAAAUCAACGAGAGGAAUACUAACGAGAUUGGUGUAAGUGUAGUAAAACUUAAUUACGUACGCGUACGAUUACUUUGUGGUAUUGAAGAAGUUUUUGUUACAUGUAGCAACUUAUAGGCUUCUUGUCCAAUCUGCCGAAAGUCGUUCAUUAGAGGAAAGUCAUACCCAAAGAACUAUUUGGUUGAGUCGAUAUUACAAUCGGUUAGCCUGGUGACCGACCAAGAUCAUGGACUGACCGAUCGACUGAAGGCAAAUGGACUCAAAUUUGCGGUAAGGAUUUCCAUUUUAUGUUUUAUAUCACUUGUCAAAACUUUUUUUCUAUAAACGCCCACUUUAAGCCUUUUUUAAAAUUAGUCUAACUCGAAUUAUAGAAUAUACGAUGCCAGAGGCAAGUGGAAGCGUUGUCGAAAGACAAGUCCGAGCUUCAGAAACAGCUACGUGAAAAAGAAACUACCCUGAACACGAUGUGGUGCUGCCUUAUUUCACUUGGAGUAUUAUCGCUGGGACUUUUAUUUUCUUUCGUUUAA